CCUCCCAUUUUCUCUCUCCCCCCGCGUCUCUCCUCCUCUCCUCCUCCUCCUCUAUGCGGGGCUCUGGCCAGUCAGUCGCCUUUGAUUAUCAGUCUCCAGCAGCCCCUCUCUUGGCUCCUUGACACGAGCACCAUAUAAGGCGCAGCGAUCUCCAUAGAAACGUGUCAGUUUCAAUAGUAGUGUCAAAGUUCACUAUAUACAGACAUUCGCGCAGAUCCCCCGUUUCGGAAACAUUGCUCUGCUGCUGGUCCUCCCGUUUUAUUCAUUUUUUUCUCGCAUAUUCUAUGAGUUUUUUCCUCCUGUGUUUUUUCUUCGUGGCUCCUGCGCGGAGGAGAACAUACAUGGGCACUUGGGCUCUCCACGGCGACGCGGCUCUGCUCCUCUGCUGCGCGAGAUGAUGAGCUUUUAUUUAAGAAUAUAGAUGUGAGCGGCUCCAGAUCUGCUCCCCUCCUACACGAAGAGGAGAAAAAGGAGAAAGGAUUUUAUCUGCGCUGCACUUUUGGAUCGUUUUGACUCGCCGCUGCGUCCAUGUGAAGCUGCUGCCGCUGCUUCUGCUUCUGCUUCUUUGUGGCUAUUUCACAGCAAAACUGCAGUUUGUGACGUCUGGACUCUGCUUUUUCCCUUCAAGAUCAGGGGCUUCCUGAAUGGCUGACUGCAAUUUACCUUGGAACUGGCCUCCCGAUGCUUGCAUAUCCUGAUCGGGCGCCUUUUCCAAUUCUUACUUUGAAUGUAUUGAUCGCUGCUGGUCUCUGAGACCCGUCUCUUUUUAUUCGUCCUCUCUUUUUUUUCUCUCCUCUUCGCUCCGUAAACACCGGCGAUCAUUUCGCUUUACAGCACUUUCCGGGGCCGAGAUAUGGCAAUGGUAGUUAGCGUCUGGCGAGAUCCGCAGGAAGACGUGGCCGGUGGACCUCCGAGCGGCCCCAACCCCGCGACGCAGCCGGCGAGGGAGCAGCAGCAGCAGGCGGCGUCGGCUGCGCCGCACACUCCGCAGACCCCUAGUCAGCCGGGACCCCCGUCCACACCGGGGACGGCGGGCGACAAGGGGAGUCAGAAUUCCGGACAGAGCCAGCAGCAUAUUGAAUGUGUGGUUUGCGGAGACAAGUCGAGCGGCAAACACUACGGGCAGUUUACCUGCGAGGGAUGCAAAAGUUUCUUCAAGAGGAGCGUACGGAGGAACUUAACCUACUCCUGUCGAGCCAAUAGGAACUGUCCCAUUGACCAGCACCACCGGAACCAGUGCCAGUACUGCCGGCUCAAGAAGUGCUUAAAAGUGGGAAUGCGCCGGGAAGCGGUUCAGCGAGGACGAAUGCCUCCAACCCAGCCGAACCCAGGCCAGUACGCGCUGACCAACGGGGACCCCCUGAACGGCCACUGCUAUCUCUCCGGAUACAUCUCGUUACUGCUGCGGGCCGAGCCUUACCCCACGUCCCGGUACGGGAGCCAGUGCAUGCAGCCCAACAACAUCAUGGGCAUCGAGAACAUCUGCGAGCUGGCGGCUCGGCUGCUCUUCAGCGCCGUGGAGUGGGCCAGGAACAUCCCUUUCUUCCCGGACCUGCAGAUCACCGACCAGGUGUCGCUGCUGCGGCUGACGUGGAGCGAGUUGUUUGUGCUGAACGCGGCCCAGUGCUCCAUGCCCCUGCACGUGGCCCCUCUGCUGGCCGCGGCGGGGCUCCACGCCUCCCCGAUGUCGGCGGACCGCGUCGUGGCUUUCAUGGACCACAUCCGGAUCUUCCAGGAGCAAGUGGAGAAGCUUAAGACGCUGCAUGUGGACUCGGCAGAGUACAGCUGCCUCAAGGCCAUCGUGCUCUUCACCUCAGACGCUUGCGGCCUGUCGGACGCUGCUCACAUCGAGAGUCUACAGGAGAAGUCCCAGUGCGCACUGGAGGAGUAUGUCAGGAGUCAGUACCCGAACCAGCCCAGCCGCUUUGGGAAGCUCCUGCUGCGGCUUCCGUCGCUGCGCACCGUGUCCUCCUCGGUGAUCGAGCAGCUCUUCUUCGUCCGCUUGGUAGGUAAAACUCCUAUUGAAACGCUCAUCAGGGAUAUGCUUUUAUCCGGGAGCAGCUUCAACUGGCCUUACAUGUCCAUCCAAUGAUGCUUAAAUGAAAACAGAAAGAGAAGGACCAAAAAAAUUCGGCGCACCCCCGUCCUCCUUGAAGAAGACUUUAUAUAUAUAUAUAGGACCUUUUCUGGGAAGACUCCUUUUUUUCUGUCUUCUGGGACUUGACAUGGAAUAAUGUACAGAAAGGUAUUUGGACUUGUGUAAAUCCACCCUCGUCAUCAUGAACUAUACACUUCAUUUUGUAAAUUACUAGUCUUUAUUUUCCUUUUUGUAUAAAAAAAAAUAAAAAAAAAUAAAAUGAAAAACAUCAUAUGCGCAGUAAGAAAAAAAAAAAAGAAUCAAGACUUAGCGGGAAAAUAAUGUUUCCAAGCAAUUAUAAGAAUUGUCCUGUGUCUAUGUACCUCUCUGUUUUGUAUUUUUUCUGGUUCCAAACCAGGGUUUCUGUGAUUCUAUACUAAUAAUUUUUUGAUAUAACCUUUUUGCUUCUUAUAAUGAGUGCGAUAUAUGUUGUCGAAGCUAUGUUCUCCAAGAAUUAAAAUUGAAGACGUGAGAAUUUUAAAAAAUGAAAUUUAGACACAUAAGAAACAGUCUAAUCGCUAAUGACAAUAUCACCACUGAUGGUUGAACUUUUCUGUUUUUUGUUUGAUCUUCCUAUUUUUAAAAACGAUGGACCUGCAGCAAACAAAACUGACCUCCAGGACUUUUUUUUGUUUUUGUUUUGUUUUGUUUUGUUUUGCGCGAGGACGUCUCUUAUUGUGAGGAGUCCAUCAUCAGUGAACGAGGAGAGACACGAGAAAUCAAAAAAGCACUUUUAAUAUAUCAUUUCGAAUACCUUUUUUUUGUUUGUUUUCGUCUUGGAAAUCUUCAUUGUUUCUUGAAUUUUAUUGGUUGUUGCCUUCAAUUUGCUUACUCCAUGAUGCAGCUCUUUGCAGAAGGGUCGGUUGAUGAAGUUGUGUGAUGGUGACUGUACUAUUAAAAAAAAAAAGAAAUAGGCAACAAUGUCUCAUUUUCAAGCAUCUUCCUUGACACGUCUGUCUCAUGUGUGUGCGCUCCUGCUUCCAAAGGGUGAUUGACACACGCCACGAAGCCCAAACCUGUAAAAGCAGCAGAGACUUCACCAGAAACUCCCUGCGUCAUCCUGCGAGCGCAUUAAUCUUUAAUAUUCCUCCCAGGCAGCGAGGAAGUCCCGCUCACCUCCUAUGGCUCUAUCAAGGUGAUUUCUCCGCAAAGCGGGCAAACAUCAAAUUACCAAAAAAAAAAAGAAAAUAAUUUGAUGGGUCUCAAUAUUGAUGUGCGCAAAAGUGGGUUUUUAGCAAAGCAGCUGUGAUACGCGUGAUCAAUCUGGAAAAUGUAUUUUACAGCGUGUAAGCAGUCGAUAGGAACAGCGAGUGUGAUGCAUUGUGUGGGAAUAGACAAG